AUGUCGCAGCCCCACCUGGAAAUGGCCCUGGCCGAGGGGGCGCGCGCCGCACCGCUUUGGCACCGGGAGCGCACGGGCGUUGCGCAACCGCCCGGCAUCCCGCUGCCCGGGUUCGGGGACGGGGGCCGGUCCCCGUCAGCUGGUCACGGUCACGGAGGUCCUUGGGCCUCAGCUGGCCUCCUUUUCUGCCUCGCAGCAGCAGAGCGAGCAGCGAGGAGAGGAGGCCGGGCCCCACCAUGCGCGGCCGGCAGGGGGGCGCUGUCCGCGGUGCUGACCGUGGUCCUGCUGUGGCCGCGGCCGUCGCCGUCCUGCCCCGCGCCCUGCGCCUGCUUCGUCCCCAGCGAGGUCCACUGCACCUUCCGCUCGCUGCCCGCGGUGCCCGCCGGGCUCCCCGCGCAUGCGCAGAGGCUCAACCUGGGCUUUAACAGCAUCCAGUCCCUGUCCGUGGCCUCCUUCUCCGGCCUGACCAAGCUGGAGCUGCUGCUGAUCCACGGCAACGAAAUCCCCGACAUCCCGGACGGGGCCCUGAAGGACCUCAGCUCUCUGCAGGUGCUGAAGCUCAGCUACAACAAGCUGCGGGCGGUGACGGGGAGGACGCUGCGCGGUCUGUCCGUCCUGCGGCGGCUGCACCUGGACCACAACCGCAUCGAGUCCGUCCACCCCGGGGCCUUCCGCGGCCUCGCGGCCCUGCGGCUGCUGCACCUGGAGGGGAACCGGCUGCGGCAGCUGCAUCCCGGCACCUUCGCCACCGUCCCGCUGCUCGGCCACCUCGGCCCGUCCACCCUGCGCCACCUCAACCUGGCCGGGAACCGCCUGGCCGCGCUGCCCCCCGCCAUGAUGGCCACGCUGCCCCUGCUGGACUCCCUGCACCUGCACGGCAACCCCUGGGCCUGCGACUGCCGUCUGCACGGCCUCCUGCGCUGGGCCCGGCCACGCACAGGGGUCCUGAAAUGCCGGAAGGACAAGGCCUACGAGGGCGGCCAGCUGUGCGCCACCUGCGCGAGUCCCCGGCUGCUGAGGACCCGGGAGAUCCAGCAGCUGACGCACGUCACCUGCGCAAGGCCGUCCAUCCGGUCGCCCCUGAGGCCGAACCGCACGGGGGUCCCCGCGGACGAGGACGGGGACGAGGACGGAGAGGCCGACGACCACCAGGUGGCCCUGGAGGGGCUCCUGUCCUCCCCGGGGUGGACCGUCACCCUGAACAUGACCGACGAGCACGGCAACGCGGCCGAGCUGGCCUGUACCAUCAAGAAGUCGAUCAACAUCCGCCGGCUGCAGCUGAACCAGACGGACGCGGCCGGGACGGACGUGGACGCCACCGUGGGCCUGGACCUGGGCUGUCCGGUGACCCGGCGGACCUACGAGAGGCUGUGGAAGCUCAUCGCGUACUACAGCGAGGAGCCGGUGACCCUGGUCAGGGACCGGGACGGCCAUCGCUACCGCCAGGAGGCCGCUGAGGAUGCGCUGUACUACACGGGCGUCCGGGUGCAGAUGGCGGCCGAGCCCUGGCUCCUGCAGCCGUCCGUCCGGAUCCAGCGACGGCGCCUCAGCACGGCCGGCCAAGUCCUGCUGUCCUUCGGCACGCGGUUGUCCUCCCGCGUCCGGCGAGGCGGCCGGGGACGCGGGGCCGGCGGCUGGGUCAUGGUGGACGCUGACGGGGCCGGCCCCCGGGCCCUGGCCGCUGUGGAAGGCUCUUCGUGCGUCCUGAGCUGCCCCGUCCACGCGUCCGAGCGUCCGUCCAUCUCCUGGAUCCUCCCGGACGGCUCCGUCUUGGAGGCCCCGACGACCGACCCGACCGGCCGGCUGUCCGUCCUCAGCAGCGGCCGUCUGACCGUCCGCUCCCUGCGGCCGUCGGACUCCGGCCGGUACGUCUGUGUGGCCCGGGUGGCCGGUGACGCGGACCACGCAGAGUACCGGGUCUCGGUGCAAUCAACAAACGUCGCCCACACAGACUCGCCCGCGGCCACCGUGCGCACGGACGCCGGGCAGCCGCUGCUGCUGCCCUGCGUGGCGUCCGCCGUCCCCGAGGCCACGGUCACUUGGAUCCUUCCGGACGCCACGGCCGUCGGUGCCACCGCCAAUCAGUCGGACGCCUUCGUCACGCCCGACGGGUCCCUGUCCCUCCCCAGAACCCACGCGGGGGACGGCGGCCUCUACCGCUGCGUGGCCGUCAACCAGCGAGGGACGGACCGUCUGACCGUCAGGGUCGCCGUGACCAACAAGAGGCCGCGGCGUCCAGGCCUGAAACCGGCGUCCGAGUCCACGCGGGACAUCGUCCAGGACGAGGGCGGCUCGGGCGAGGGGGACGAGGACCAGGCGUCCCCCAGGGCGCCGGCCGGGGACGACAAGGCCAAGACAGGCGGGAGGAAGCUCAGAGUCUGGAAGGAGCCGGAAGCCAAGAAACUGGCGAGGGCCGCAGGUUCGUUAAUCCAGGCCGCAGAAGAUCCAGGUUGGUCCCACAAGCAGAUCAAAACACCCGAGGCUUGGGCGGGCAAUCUUGGCAGAGUCCGGGGCCGAAAUUGUCGGAAGGGGACGGAGAUCCGGGCCACGCUCCCUCACCGCGGGGCCGCAAAUCUCCCCCCGACGGACGGCCACCGGCCCGAGGAUGAGUCUCUGCCGACCGCGGCCCCGUUCGGGGACGAUGACCGGGUGUCCCGGCCCCGUGUCGUCCACGUUGGACCCACUGGACGCUGUCAACGGGGAGGGAGCCGCCGGGCUUUCGGCCCACAGACGUCGGACGCAGACGUCCCCCGGGUCCACAACCGGGAUGAAGAGGAAAUCACAGACCGACUAACGACCUCAGCGGACCAGCGUGGAGUCCGGAGCCAAGAUGGCUUCUCCAUCGCUGCUCCUCGUCCCACGUCCUGCAGCAUUAGGCGGGUGCCAAACCGGUCGCCGUUCCAGGGGACGAAGAUGCACCUCCAACGCCAGGUGACAUGGAGCCCCAAGACCGUCCCCGUCUCCGGGGUCCCCAGCUUCCCGAAGGACGAGCCCUUUAAGGGAAGAGGAGAUUCCGCCUCCCAUAAAGCAGUCGACCGUUGCAGAGGCAAACCCCAAAGAUGGCGUCUCCCUCAACCCCACCCCGACGAUGCGCCUGCCUCGUGCCCGUCGGUGGACCACCAAUCGGUCGCACCCCCCGAGUCACAGAAGCCCACGCGGCUGGGACCGCCACAAGAAAGGCCGGACGGGACACGGGAAGAACCCCACCCGACAGAUUCUCCCCAUCCUAAAGAACUGGAGGACGUAGGUUUCCCUUCAGACUUCCUAUCUGACCCUAAAGUCUCGUCCCCCUUUCGACGGGAAGAAAUGGGUCACCCGGCCACCGUCCCCAAAAUACGGAUGGCGUUGACUUCCACUCAAGGGGGAACGACGGCCAUCGGCGGUCAGAACGACGCCCAAGUCACCCACAGCGCGUCUGAAAGCGGACCCCAGAAUCCCAGUCCUAGUCCGUCUGGGACAGACCACUGGAUGUCUCCCAUGGCGUCAACCAACCCCAAUGGCGGCCGAGUGACCCAUCUACGCCUUCUUCCCACCAAGAUGGCGUCAACCAACCCCAGUGGCGGCCGAGUGACCCAUCUACGCCUUCUUCCCACCAAGAUGGCGUCAACCAACCCCAAUGGCGGCCAAGGGACCCGUCUAUGUCCUCGUCCCACCAAGAUGGCGUCAACCAACCCCAAUGGCGGCCGAGUGACCCAUUUACGCUUCCUUCCACCAAGAUGGCAUGGCGUCAACCAACCCCAAUGGCGGCCGAGUGACCCAUCUACGCCUUCUUCCCACCAAGAUGGCGUCAACCAACCCCAAUGGCGGCCGAGUGACCUGUCUACGCCUUCUUCCCACCAAGAUGGCGUCAACUUAUCCUCAGAGGAAGAGUUGGGGGGGACCGCUGCGGGGGAACGGUCCAGCCAUUGCAUAUGGCGGCCACCGGGACUUCCUCUGGACAUUCUGGAACAUUCCAGCCUCCCCGUCGCACCACCGACAAACCCAGUCCUCCCAACGGCCAACGUCUCACGACCCCAAAAUCACCAACGGCCAACCCGCCCUUGGCGCAAACCCGGCCCCCUUAAUAAGGUCACCGACCCCAAGAGGGACCCCAGACCCAAUGGCUACGCCGAAGAGACCGGGCGUAAUGUCUUCCCCGAGCCAAGAAACCCAAUGAAAGUGGACCCUGGGCCCUACAACAGGGUCCAUUCCCAGAGCUCCAUCUUCAGGGCUCUUGGUCCCCCGGCUCCCCCGCUUUUUCCCGCUCCCCGCACCGUGGAACCACCGUCACCCCGGCCACCAACGUCCCCCGUGGCCGGCCCCACAAGGUCCUCCGUCCCCUUCCCUGUGUCUCCCGUCCAGCCUUCCAGAAGCUUCCAGCAGACCAGCCUGAAGGUCGUGGGGGGCGGCCCCCCUGCCUCCAAAUUCUGGACGCUUGGGGAAAAACCCCAAAUCAUCAGCAAAACCCCACAGACGGUGUCCGUCAAGGCCGAGGCCGAUGUCGUCUUCCCUUGCGAGGCCACAGGGAAGCCCAGGCCUUUUGUCACCUGGACCAAGGUGUCCACAGGAGCUCUGAUGACGCCAAACACCCGAAUUCAGCGUUUUGAGGUCCUGAAGAACGGAUCUCUGGUCAUCCACAACGUCCAGGUGCAGGACCGGGGUCAGUACCUGUGCACGGCCAGCAACCUGCACGGGGCGGACAAGACGGUGGUGCUGCUCUCCGUCACCGUCCAGCAGCCUCAGAUUUCGGCUUCUCCUUACCAGGACGUCACCAUCUUCCUGGAAACCAUAGCCAUGGAGUGCCUGGCCAAGGGCAGCCCGGACCCCCAGAUUUCCUGGAUCUUCCCCGACAGGACGGUGUGGCACACGGUGUCCCCCGCGGCCAGUCGGGUCACCUUGCACGAAAACCGGACCUUGUCCAUAAAAGACGCCACCUUUUCGGACAGAGGCGUCUACAGGUGCGUGGCCAGCAACGCAGCGGGGGCGGACAGUCUGUCCAUCCGCCUGCACGUGGCCGCCCUGCCGCCGGUCAUCCAGCAGGACCAGGCGGAGGACAUCUCGCUGCCCCCGGGGCUCAGCAUCCACGUCCACUGCUCGGCCAAGGCUGCGCCCCCGGCCAGCGUCCGCUGGGUGCUGCGGGAUGGAACCCAGCUCCGGCCAUCGCAGUUCCUGCACGGCCACCUCUUCGUCUUCCCCAACGGGACGCUGUUCAUCCGGAACCUGACCCCCAAGGACAGCGGCCGCUACGACUGCGUGGUCUCCAACCCGGUGGGCUCGGCGCGCAGGACGGUGCAGCUGACCGUGCGGCGCCCCGCGGCUGCCAAUGCGCACAUCACGGGCUCCUCUCCCCCGAGGACGGACGUCGGCUACGGGGGGACCCUGAGGCUGGACUGCAGCGCGGCCGGGGACCCCUGGCCGCGCAUCCUCUGGCGCCUGCCGUCCAAGAGGAUGAUGGACUCGCCGCUCAGCUCCGACGGCCGGAUCAAGGCCUUCGCCAACGGGACGCUGCUGGUGGAGUCCGUCACCGACAAGGACGGCGGCGACUACCUGUGCGUGGCCAGGAACGGGGUGGGCGAUGACCGUGUGGCCCUCCGGGUGAACGUGGUGAUGAAGCCGGCCAAGAUCGAGCACAAGGACGACCGCCACGACCGCCGGGUCUUCUACGGGGGGGACCUGAAGGUGGACUGCGUGGCCACCGGCCUUCCGGACCCCGAGAUCUCCUGGAGUCUUCCCGACGGCCGUCUGGUCAACUCGCUCGUCCACCCCGGAGAGGACGACGGUGGCCGCUACAUGGUCUUCCACAACGGGACCCUGUAUUUCCAUGAGGUCGGCAUGAGGCAGCAGGGCGACUACACCUGUGUGGCCCAAAACCAGCUGGGCAAGGACGAGAUGACCGUCAGGGUCACGGUGGUGUCCGGGCCGGCGGCCAUCGCGGACGAGAGCUACCUGGCGCUCCGGGUCCCUUACGGGGACACGGUGACGGUGGCUUGCGCGGCCCGAGGGGAACCGGUGCCGAAGGUGACCUGGCUGUCCCCGGCCAACAGGGUCAUCCCGUCCGCGUCCGAGAAGUACCACGUCGACGGGGAGGGGACGCUGGUCAUCCGGAAGGUCCAGCGCUCGGACGACGGGAAUUACACCUGCCUGGUCCGGAACAGCGGCGGGGAGGACCGGAAGACGGUGUGGGUCCAGGUGACCGUCCGGCCGCCCACGAUCAACGGCCACCCGGACGCGGUCACCACAGUGCGGGAGGUGGCCGCCGGGGGGACCCGGAAGGUCAUCGACUGCCUGGCCGAGGGCGUCCCGACGCCCAGGGUCCUGUGGUCACUCCCGGAGGGCGUGACCCUGCCGGCCCCCUACUACGGGAACGGGGUGACCGUCCACCAGAACGGCAGCCUGGACAUCAAGACCCUGAGGAAGGCCGAGUCGGUCCAGCUGGUGUGCAUCGGCCGGAACGAGGGCGGGGAGGCCAAGCUGAUCGUCCAGCUGACCGUCCUGGACCCGGGGGGGAGACCCCGGUUCCGCGACCCCGCGGCCGAGGCCAUCACGGCCACCGCCGGCCACACCAUCAACCUGAACUGCUCGGCCACGGGGACCCCGAGGCCCACGCUGUCCUGGGUCCUUCCCGACGGCACCGAGCUGCGCGGUGGACAGCGGCUCGGCCGGUUCUACCACAGAGCGGACGGCGUGCUCCUCGUCAGCGGCCUGUCCCCGGCGGACGCCGGGCCGUACCGCUGCCUGGCCAGCAACCCGGCCGGCCACGCCGAGCGGCUGGUGUCCCUCAAGGUGGGCCGGGAACCCGACCCCAGCGGCCACCACCGCAACCUGGUCAGCAUCACCCACGGCGAGACCCUCCGGCUGCCCUGCCCGGCGUCCGGGACCUGGACGCUGCCCGGUGGCCUCUCGCUGGACGGUCCCCAGGCCUGGGGUCGCUUCUCCGUCUCGGACGACGGGACCCUGACCGUACGCGGGGUGUCGGUGUUCGACCGGGGGACUUACCUGUGUCGGGGGGACGCCGGCCAUGGUCCUUCUGUGGUCAGCUUCCCGGUCGUCGUCAUCGCCUACCCGCCCAGGAUCACCACCGAGCCGACGCCGGUCAUCUACGCCCGUCCCGGCCACACCGUGACGAUGACCUGUAUGGCCGUGGGGAUUCCCAAAGCCGAGGUCACCUGGGACACCCCGGACGGGUCACGGCUGACCGUGGGGACCCAAGCUCGUCUCUACGGCAACAGGAUGGUCCACCCGCAGGGCUCCCUGACCAUCCAGAGCGCCACCGCGAGGGACGCCGGCUUUUACAAGUGUGUCGCCAAGAACUGUUUGGGGACAGACUCCAAGGCCACCUACGUCACGUCUACUGAAGAGUCCACCGUGUCCUCCACGUCACGCGACCCGAGGGCGGCCACCGACGGGUCAGGAAAUUCAAGAUGGCGGGCCCGUGGCCCGGACGGCCAGUGUGACCUGGACUUUGACCCGGGCUCCGUCCGAAAGGACGGGGGUCACGGGGAUCUUUGGGAUCUGCCAUCCCGACCCCGGGCCGUCAGCUUCGUCACGGGAAUUUUUCCCUGGGGUCCACGGGGCAGCCGGGAUUUUGCAAAUGGCGCCCCUGUUUGGGAGAGCGUCUUGGAGCUGGAGAAUUUGUCCCCAGCCCCAGGGGCGACGAUGCUUUUAG